AUGCUGCAGCGGUUUGCUGAACUUAGAGAGGCUGUAACUGCAACACUUCUACUCAGCAACUUCAAAGGUACAUAUCUUGAAGAAAAUGAUUGGAUAAUUAUUCAAGAUUUGCAGUGCGUGCUUAAACCCUUCGAUGAAGUAUCUACGCGCAUGAGUGGAGAAAAAUAUUUCAUGGGUGGAGAAGUGAUUCCAAUUACGCAGGGCCUUUUGGGAACACUAGAUACAUUGGAAUUAAGAGAUGGCCUGCAUGAUGUUGUCAAAGUGGUUUUGAAAAGGCUAAAAAAGGAAACUUCUGAAAGAUUUCGUAAUCUGGAAUUUAGUAGAACGCUUGCGUUAUCGAACUUUUUAGAUCCCCGAUUUAAAAUUUUCAUGUUUCCAUACCGUCAGGCUGAAGAAACAAAAAAAAAUGUUAUAGAAUUAGUGGCUGAGACAAUUGCAAAGGCAAAACAACCAACAGCUCCAGCACUAGCUACGACACAAAACACAAGAGAUACUGAACCAUCUAUAUGGAAUAUAUAUAGGACAGCAAUUGCCAAAAUAGAGCCUAAAGGAACCCCGUUGUCAAGAGCGAUUGCGGAGGUUCAAAGAGUUUGGGGGCAGUCUUUGAUCACUAACAUUAAAACUUCUGUGUCUAUUUUUUCAAUUCGAUUAAAACACAACAAAAAUGAUCUUGAAAAUCAUCAAACAAAAAUUAUGAGUCGUGGUUUACCAGAAAAGAAACCUUUACCGGGCGUGAAAAGUAUAAUCCUUGUUGCAUCUGGGAAAGGAGGUGUUGGAAAAACCACAACUGCGGUUAAUCUUGCAUGUGCAAUGAAAGUGAUAGAACCAGAUAAAGAAAUUGGGCUCUUAGAUGCAGAUGUUUUUGGUCCAUCUGUUCCUCUCAUGAUGAACAUUAGUGGAGAGCCUAUGCUCAAUGAUGAUAACCUAAUAGAACCACUGCUUAACUAUGGUGUGAAAUGUAUGUCAAUGGGCCUUUUAGUUUCUGGUGAAAAUGCAGUUGUGUGGCGCGGAUUAAUGGUCAUGCAAGCCUUAGACAGACUUACACGGCACGUAGCAUGGGGUCCACUUGACUGCCUUGUAGUAGAUACACCCCCUGGUACAGGAGACACACAUUUGUCACUUGCACAGAACUUGCCAAUUGAUGGUAAAUAUUUACACAUUAGUUAUGGAGUAUAA